AUGGGGAGAGCGGGCCUGCGCACACUUGUCCUUUUCCUUCUUCUUAAGCUGGGCGUGUUUCGCACGACUGACGAUGGACAACCACCGGGGGAACCCAACACCUACUCCCUCCAUUUUAACAAUAAGCAAAGAUACGUAGUUCGCAGGGACGCGGGGUCUCCCUACAGAAGUUUCUUCCUUUACGUCGAGGAGGUUCACAAGACAUCUGUCGUUUACCCCCUCAGAUAUGUUAAUGACUUCCCUAUUAAAUAUUUGGAGCAAAUUUUCCCGUACACGAGGAGGGAAAUAAAGAGACAAAAUUUAAAGCAUUUUUGUGAAGAAAAAAAAAAGCUCCAUGAAAAUGUGGAGGGUGGAGGGAUUUGCUUCUGCUGUUACUGCAGUCCCCACCCUGUCUUUCCUCUCUACUCGUACUUAAAGUACAAAAGACAGAAGAUCCUUUGCCACAGGAGGGUGGCCGAUGGGGAGGAGACAGUCAUUCUAACUCUGAAAUGCUUAAAGAAGGGCAAAAGAAAGUAUCACGCCUUUUUCGUGCAGAGGAGUUCAAUCUCCUUCAUGCUUAAAGUUACUUUGCAGGAGUUUAACCUGAACGACGAGUUUUUCCUAAGUAGAAAUGACAAGUCGGCACUGGAAAGAAGAACCUACCUACUGGACCCCUUGAAUAGUGAAAUUGAUGACGAGGUAUUCAAUGUGCGACUGAAGAUUCUGGCGGAGAGAACGCACCGGGGGGAUUCAAUUGAGGGGCACUAUCUUUUCCUUGAUUCGGAUGUGUUUAAAAGGACGAUAGAGUUGGAUGAUUCCUUCACAGAUGAGCAGGUGCUGGAGAAUGGCCUCAUCCUUAGCGGGGACUACGUGGACGAGAAGGGCACCGAGUGCAACAAAAUCACAGCGUACCCAAAUGUGUGGAGAGCGAAAAGGGGUUUCUGCAAGUAUGCGAAGGACCAUUGCAUGAAGGGGCAGAUUGGCCAGUUUAUCAAUUUGGAGGGAAAGUUGGACGUGAAGAAGCAGCUUGGGUAUAACUACUCGUUUUUCAUGGGGAAGAAGACACGUUCGGGGGGGCAUGCCAUUGGCGGUUGGAGUAGUGGUGAGGGUGAGGGUGACGGGGAGGAUCCCGCAAGUAAUUCGGACAACGCAAGUAAUUCGGACAACGCAAGUGAUGCGGCCAACGCAAGUGAUGCGAACUACAUUAAUGUGGGUAUCACCCCGCGGGACCUGGAAGAGGAGUACUACAUAAGUCUACAUAAACGCUCACACAACUUUGCGGAAAUAACAUCUCACAACGGGGAGGGGUUGCAAAUAACGUACGAAGAAGACGCCCCCGGAGAGUCAGUCUCCCUUGUACAUAUGUUGAGCGACUGCUACAACUUUAAUAACCAAAUCAAUGCGUCUUGUUCGGUGUACAUAAGCAUAUGGAAUGCAGAGAACGUGAAGAAGGAAGUAAACGUUUCGAUUAAAUGUUCGAAGAGGAUCGUGUCUGAUGAGACUACACUCAGGAGAACAGUUGUAUUGGCGGAGAAGGGGGAGAGCACUCUUGUGCUGAAGUUUAAACCUAUUGCAGAUUUGCUCCUCACCCCAUGUAGGGUACUGGUGCACUGUCAGAAGGGUGCAGCCGAACCGCAGGAGCAGAAGGGGAAUAUCCGGGGGGAGUCUCCCCCGAGCGGCAAGGCGGAAGGUGGUAACACAGGUGGUAAUAAGGGUGGUAAUGGAGACAACCCAGGAGAAGUUCCAACGAACGAGCAGUACUUCAAGUUCUCCAUGGAGGGCCGGGUUGAAAAGGAAGAAACAAGAGAGAGGGUUAUUUGGGAUAGCCCCCUCGAAUUUAAGAACGUUCCUUUGGAUAUUAUCGAAAUACAUAAAAAGAGACUUGAGCUUUUAGGAGAUGAAGUUGAUGGUUCAUCCGGAGGAGGAGUUCUGAUGGAGUACACAAGGAGGGUUGCAAAAUACUUUAUGGAUUGUCGAACAGGUGUGAAGGUUUUUUUUCUCCUCCUCUGUAUCAUCCUUUUAGUUAUCUUUAUCCUUCCUAGCGUGCACCCACUCAAUGGGUUCCUCCUUAAGAGGCAGUGGUUCUACACAAUGAGGAAGGCUCGAAUAAUUACCAUUUGGAUGAUAGAAGACUCGUGUCGAUUUGUUUGUCGUAUAGGAAGACGCACCAUUAAAGGGGUUAGGUUUGUGUUCGUGAAAGUAUACAGGGUUGUUUUCAGGAGGAGGCGUAGGAAAAGGAAAGAGAAAGAGCUCAUAGGCGAUUCCUACAUACACAAACAGACCAGAAGGAGAAAAAGGGAGGAGAAAAAAAGAAAUAAAAAAAUAAAGGAGGAAAAGUUGAAAAGGGAAGAGGAGGAACUGAGGAGAAGAAGGCACAAAAGGUUGAUGCUCCACGAGGCGCAAUAUAAGGGUGAGCAUCGACACGGGAAUCGAAUUGAGGGAGACCACCACAGGAGGAAAGGCCAAUCCAAGAGGGGGCAUUCUUCCUCCGAAUCGUCUGCUUCUUCCUCCACCACCCCCUACCUCGACAGAAGCAACGACUCCCGUUGCCCCAAGCCCAACGUAGAACGGGAGGAGAAGAAACACAGAACAAGACAUACAGACAAAAGGGGCGAAGGGAAAAAGACACAGAAGGUAGUUGCUUCGCCCAGUAGUGAACAGAAGGAGAAACUUCACCAGGUGUGUGCAAAGGAGCAGCGAUCCGAUAAGGUAUAA